UUGUGUUUUUACCUUGCAGAUGUAAUGAAGGACGUAUUGGAAGACUUUGUGAAUGUAGUACAGAUGAAGUAAAUAGUGAGGAUAUGGAUGCUUACUGCAGGAGAGAGAACAGUACAGAAAUAUGCAGUAACAAUGGAGAAUGCAUUUGUGGACAGUGUGUAUGCAAGAAAAGAGAAAACACCAAUGAAGUCUAUUCUGGCAAAUACUGUGAAUGUGAUAACUUCAACUGUGAUCGAUCAAAUGGUUUGAUUUGUGGAGGAAACGGUAUCUGCAAAUGCAGAGUGUGUGAGUGCUUCCCCAACUUCACUGGCAGCGCAUGCGAUUGUUCUUUGGACACUGCACCAUGUAUGGCAUCAAAUGGGCAGAUUUGCAAUGGAAGAGGAACCUGCGAAUGUGGCACCUGUAAUUGUACAGAUCCCAAAUUCCAAGGGCCCACAUGUGAAAUGUGUCAAACUUGCCUCGGAGUCUGUGCGGAGCACAAAGACUGUGUUCAAUGCAGAGCUUUCGAUAAGGGAGAAAAGAAGGAAACAUGUUCUCAGGAAUGCAUGCAUUUCAACAUGACACGGGUGGAAAGUCGAGACAAGUUGCCACAGCCUGGACAGCCUGAUCCAUUGUCUCAUUGCAAAGAGAAAGAUGUUGACGACUGCUGGUUCUACUUCACAUACUCUGUCAACUCAAAUGGUGAAGCCAAUGUCCACGUGGUAGAGACCCCAGAAUGCCCCAGCGGCCCUGACAUCAUUCCCAUAGUAGCUGGUGUGGUUGCAGGAAUUGUUCUUAUUGGACUUGCAUUAUUAUUGAUUUGGAAACUACUAAUGAUCAUUCAUGACAGAAGAGAAUUUGCUAAAUUUGAAAAGGAGAAGAUGAAUGCUAAGUGGGAUACGGGUGAAAAUCCUAUUUACAAGAGUGCAGUGACGACUGUAGUCAAUCCUAAAUACGAGGGAAAAUGAACACUGCUUGUGUAACUUCACAACACUGUACGCAGCAUAGCAAUUUUUGUAGUCACAGUAAGAUAGAAUUAGGGCAAACUGCAGUGAUUUUACUAAUUCAUUACAUAUAGGUUUGUUUUCCUGUGUGAAAAUGUACCAUAUGUAAUUUUUUAUUUUUGUUUUAUUUUUUUGCAAAUAAAAGUAAUCGGUGCCAGAGGUCUGACUCAAAAGAAAAAACUUGAGACUGUGUAGCCUGGUCAGCUGAGGUCACGUGGUGCCUUUUUCAGCCUUUCCCACUCCCGUGCUGCAAAUCCAGGUCUUCUGCAGGGUGCGAUACUGCUCUGGCAUGCCUGGGAGGGAAAUGGUGAAAGCAAUUGGCAUGAGGGCUCUGCCUAGCCAUUUAGUAUUAAACUUUUUAGCUUUACAGGGAAAUCAGGGCUUGAGUUUGCAGAUACAAUUAAACUCAUGUAGCAUGGAGCUGGUGGUUAUUUGGUCUUCUACUUGCUAGAUGUGAUUAAGUAUAUGGUAAGUUGAGUAAGUUGGAAGUGGGCAGUGUAAAAGACUGAAAAGCGUGUGCAUAUCUAUUUUUAAUGUGUAAGUUAAGUUGCUUAUUGCCAGGUUAGGGUUAAAGUGAAAGGGUUGAGAAGAAUGUUAAGAUGGAAAAAAUAGCUUUAAAACAUGUGCCAUUACUGAAAAAGUUGCUGACUGGUAACUUGCUUGGUUUUUCUUUGUAAAUUCAAGCCCUGGGUGGCAGUAUCAUGAAGUACCUUACCAAGACAUCCUCAAAACACCUAAGGGCCUUACUUGAUACUGUGUCUUUAUUCUGUCAUGUUUCCUUGGUUUAAAGCCUGGUGCUUUGUCACCCUUCUAAUCUUUUUAACGUAUUUGGUUGCAAUUCUUUUUGUAAUAUUUUUGUAUCACACCAGCUUUUAUUUUUCUCCUUUUUUGUGAGCAGUCUUAGCUGUAAAUUUGCCUUUACCCUGUAGCUAAGAUUGCAUAGUUUGUCAUGUGACAAGUCACACAGCAUCCUUGACAUGUGCCAUGUAUAUUUGCCUCUGACCAUUCAAACUGCAUCAUAGUCAUAUUCUUGUUUUAAGUGCCUUUUUAUUUUAACAGAUGUUCACUUUUUACAGUGCUAUUACUGAAGUUAUUUAUUAAAUAAAAGUACCUUAAAAUA